GUAGUGCAGUGGAUGGAGCUGCUCCACCCUUAACCAGAGGUCGAAGGUUCGACUCUGGGUAUGGAGAAAAUUCUAUUGAAAGAGCUGCCAACUUAAUGGGCGCUGCAAUGUGCGAUCUGGAUUAGUCGGGUUUCAAUGCGGGCACCGAACACCGGAUGAAAAAAAAAAACAAGAAGAAGCCCAAUUGUAAAGAAUACGAAGCCCUACUUCCCGCCAAUAUUAUUGGCACGAUUUCACAUCUAACCAACAUAUUAUCCAUAUAUAUCACUAUUUUCCAUAUAUAUCACUAUUUUCCCGCGAAAUUUUUCACUCUCCAUUCUUCCUCUUAGCUUUUUUCAUUUUACUAUUGAAUCUAAAUCUGCAGCUGAAAUCCAACGAUUCAAAAUCAGUUUCCGGAAGACUGGCGUGGCAUCUUGGAGCUAUAGUAAGACUCAACAGGCAUCUGCAGUUCUACCAGCAGUUCAUGAAGUUGAAUCAAACCUGUCAGACAAUGGAGCGAAGGAGUUGCAACAACUUGCACUUUAUCCAGGUUAGGAGUGGAGGUUUGAUAGUAAAAGUCCCUAAUGUAGAUUCUCUUGGAAAGCCAGCUUUAAUGUUCAAGAAGUUAAAAGACAUCUAUGAUACUGGAAAUAUUAAGUGUGAAAGCGAAUGUCUGCCGGUGGUAGACAGGACACUACAGGCAAUAGAACCUGAAAUAAACAAAUUUGGUUGCCAUGCUGAUGAUGAAGUGGUCAGUCAGUUUGAUGAUUAUAAUUCUGGAGAAAUAACACUGAAACAACUCAAGUAUAGAUGCAAAUCUAAGAAAAGGAAACCUGCUACUCCAAGUCCUACUUCUACUAGUCCAAACCAGGCUAGUGGAUGUUAUCAGCCAGAGGAAGAUGAUGAUUUUGAAGUACCCCUUAGCCAGUUGAAGUCGGGGAUAUCCAAAAAAGCAAAUGGUAAAAAAAGGCGUACCAACAGAUAUCUCUUUGCAUCUCCAAAAGAGCCUGUACAAAUUAAAGUUGAAGUGGUUUUUGAGCCUGAAAUUUCUCUACAGCCCAUAAGUGGUUUGCCUGAAGUGGCGGAACCCAUAGCUGAAACUUCUGAACCUGAGUUCUCAGUGUACCAAAGCCCAGAUUCCUCCAAUUGCUCCUCUAAUAUCCAGAUGGCUAGCAAACUGGAUUCUGGUACAAUUACAUGCAGUGAAUUUCCAAAUGUAGUUGACUUUGAGGAAGACACACCAGUUUUGUUUGCUGAAGAUCAGCAACUUUGUACUCUUAAUCAGAUUUCCAGUGAUUACUUGGAACCUGUAGGACCUAAAUAUGUCUCCUCAGCUAGUGAAGUGCUUGCAGAUGUAAAUAAUCAGGCGGACAGUUGUAAUUCAGAUACCAGUCAAGAUGAGUUGUUUCCUCCAGCAAGAACUACAGAAAUGAUAGCAGCAGCAAAUGAUCAGAGUUUAGACAUGUAUGACUGCCGGAAGAAUUGUUCUGGUACAGUCAAGAGUUCUGAUCAGAGUACCGAUAGUGUUCCUGAGGCAAUGGUACCAACUAGCACUACCAGUGCCAGUCUUCAUUGUGCAGAUGAUGUUUGCAUGUUUGGAGAUGGAGACAAGGAAGUUUUGCUCUCAAAUCAGAAGAUUAAUUCAGUUGAUGGUCAUGUUGACAAUUGUAUCUCCUCGUGUAAUUUGCAAGCUUGCUCAGGCAGUGACAAUUGUUUGCCAUCCUCAGUCAAAAUCAAUGACAAGGGGCAGCAAACAGAUUGUUGCUUUACUGAUGCAGCAACUAGUUUGAUUUCAGGAAAUUGCUUGGAUGAUGAAAAUCAACCUCUGAAAUCUUCAAAUAUUUUGGAAGAAAGAAAUAUGAUGUUAAGCAGUCCACCUCCGGAUGUUGUAGAUCAGAUCUCAGCACCAGAGCUGUCACCGCCUCCUGAGAGACUUCUUUCGACACGAAAGGCUAUUUCUCCAUCCUCUCAAGAGCAACUUUGUUUGGCUAUGAACUCCAUAGACUUAAUUGAUGACCUGGAGAACUACAAAUGUAAAGAGAAUCUCAGUUUUGCAGAACAUGAGGAUUCUAAAAGAUCAUCCCUUGCUGAUGCUAGCACAACUAAAGAAUCUGAAGGAUCUCCACAGCUUAUUAAGGCUAAAGUUUUUAUAGGCCCCAAGCAGAUCGCUAGGAGAUUGAAGAUUGGAAAACGAAGUUCCCUUCCAAAAGGCAAUCUAGAAAAACGAAGUUCCCCUCCGAAGGGCAAUCUAGAAGGUCCUCGUCUUUCUCGUUCUCUACCUCAUCUUAGCACUGGGUGCACCUCAAUUAAGCGUUGUUCAGAGAGUGCUAUAGCAUUUUCACAGCGGCAGAUGCAUGAUAUUGAAUCUAUAGCAUUGAAGCUUAUGAAUGAAAUGAAGUCCAUGAAGGAUAUGGUAGAAGAAAAAUUACUCUUUGAAGCAUAUCGAACCAGUUCCUUGAAAAAUGAUGCUGACGAGGUGAAGACUGCCAUAAAAAGUGCUACGAAAGUUGAAGAGACAACACGAAAGUGGUUGUCCAUGAUGACUAGGGACUGCACCAGAUUCUGUAAAAUCAUGAAAUUGAGUCAAAAUGGCGUGACAGAUUCCAAGAACUCAGUCCACAGAGAGGGGAGGAAAAUUUCUUUUGCUGACGAAUCUGGUGGUAUGCUCUGUCAAUUCAACUAUUUUGAGGAUACCGAUACAACUUUGGAAUCUGAUAGUGUACAACAAGAAGACGUCUGAGGCCUCGACUUUCAUCUUCUGGAGAUAUCUCAAAUUAUGGAUUAUUGUGUAUCUUCCUGAUUGUUUGUGUCCAAUAAUGUAACAUGAAAUUUCAUUUUUUCUAUUGUCAAGAACCUAAUACUUUUUUAGUUAA